AUGGGGAUCAAAGGCAUCUACCGGGAGCUUGGCCCCGGUCAGAGAAUCUCCCUCGCCAAGUUGGCAGCAGAGAAGCUUGAGACUUCUGGCCGGCCCCUGCGUCUUGCGAUCGACGUUGCUAUUUGGCAGUUUCAGGCACGAGCCGCAAAAGGUGGUACCAAUCCCGCCAUCCGAACCUUGUUCUAUCGUCUCGUCCGUCUUCUCGGCUUAUCCGUGCAGCCCAUCUUUGUUUUCGAUGGCCCGUACAAGCCAGAGUUCAAGCGCAAUAAGCGCUCCGGUCGCGGCGGCGACUGCGUGUCCACCGCCAUGGCUAAACGUUUGAUCCGUAUUUUCGGGUUCCCUAUCCACCAAGCACCCGGCGAGGCGGAGGCCGAAUGUGCCCUCCUGCAACGGGAGGGCAUUGUCGACGCUGUCCUGAGCGAAGACGUUGAUACCAUCAUGUUCGGCUGCACCCGGACCCUGCGCAACUGGAGCGCAGAAGGCCCACGAGGCGGGAAAACCCCCACCCACGUCACCAUGUAUGACGUCGACCAGUCGACCAUGCUCACAUCGGGGCUAGGUCGAGAGGGCAUGAUAAUUGUCGCCUUAAUGAGCGGUGGCGACUACAUCCCCGAGGGUGUGCCCCGCUGCGGAGUGAAGCUCGCGUGCGAGGUUGCCAAAGCUGGCUUUGGGAAGUCUCUAUGCCGUAUCAAGGCGGCGGACAAGGACAGCUUGGCGGCGUGGAAAGCAUCGCUGGAACGCGAACUCUUCACCAACGAGAGUGGAUUUUUCCGCACAAGACACAAGAGUCUGAACAUACCGGGUGACUUUCCUGAUAUGAAGAUCCUGAGAUACUAUACACAUCCGGUCGUCUCGAACCGAGACACCAUCGAGAGUCUGAAGAGGAGCCUUGCCUGGAACACCGCGGUGGACGCAAUAGCCCUCAGAGAAUUUGUUGCCGAGACUUUCGAUUGGACCUAUCGUAUCGGCGCCAUCAAACUCAUCCGCGUAUUGUCUCCGGGUUUGCUGGUUCAAGGACUCUCCUCUCAGCGGAACCUGGAAGAUUCGAGCGAGAGAACGGGGGCGCCUGAGCUAGGUCGGACUUCUCUGAUUAAAGGCAUAUCCGGUAGAAGACGUCACUUCAGCACCGACGGAACACCAGAGCUCCGCGUCUCGUAUAUACCACUCGACAUCGUCCCUCUGGACCUAUCCGGGGAAAUGGUGGAAGAAAUAUCAAACGGCCGCCAAGGCCUUGCCCUAAAUAGCGACGACGAGUAUGAAGCAUCACAGGGCGGCCCCGACGGAUUUUCCAACCCCGAACCGGCCAAUUCGAAGGCCACAUUCGACCCAGCGUCGUCGCAAUCUUUAUGGGUGCCGGAAGUCUUUGUGAAGCUGGGUGCCCCAUCUUACGUGGAGGACUGGGAGGAGAAGCAGAAAAUUAAGAAGCAGGGAGCAACGAAGGCACCGAAGAAACCCACUAAAUCCAGCGGCCGCAAGGGACUGAAGCCGACCGACUCAGGGGCAGAUUUUAACAAACCUGGUGCCCUCGACGACUGGGUAGUGCAAGAAAGAGUACCAGUGGGCCAAACAACUAGGAACUGCCUCUCCCGGAACGACCACCGUCCGCAAUCUCUCACAUCUCCCUGGAUAGCAACUGGGGGACCAGCUCAUUUCGCCCCCAACUCGCCGCCUUCGAGUUCACGACAUUUACACCAGACCGCGCGACCUUUGAGUAAGCCAAGUAAACCCAUACCUACAAGCAUAGAGGGCGCAGAGGAUCCGACGCAGCGGUCUGGAUCUCGGGCGAUCAUUGGCUCACAACCUCCGCCUAGGAACAACACGUCUCCCCGACCUUUCGAGGCCAUUCUCAUAUCUUCUAGCCCAGAGACUCUGCCGCCUUUGUCUUCUCUUCUCCUGGGCAAGAGCUCGCAGGCCCAAAGUAGUAGCAAGUCUAUGGCAGACCGCAAGGUCAGGGAAGCGGAGUUGAGCGGACGCCAAAAGCACGCAUCGGCGGUGAAAGGGACGACGGAUGGACGACUUGCACAUAAUCCGAAGCGCCCACUCACCAUUCUGGAGAGUCGCACGACGCAGACUUCCAUAACAUCCUUCAUGUCGCACCUACCUAAUGGCACGCGGGCCACAGGCACAUCUAUAUCGGGUUCAAGGAGACAGCCGGUCUCGGGCAAGAACGAGGUUUCAGCCGCGACGGCCACCUUGGAUCAAUUACUGGAGAGAUUGGAGAUAUCGUCUUCACCUCCUGAAUCAAACAUGAAUCGCAUCUCUUCCUCGAAGCUGGCAACAGGGUCGACAGGCACGGCGGUGGUACAACCCCAUAUUCCCGCCCCCGUUCAUUCGGGAGUUCGACUACUGGUUCCUUGCAUAAAUGACGAGGGGUUCUUCGAUGAAAUGGAAGUGGAACAGGAGGAGGCAGAGGCACUUAUAACGGCUGGCGAUGGGCGGCGAGAUAUAGGACGAGUACGUACACAUCGAAGAGCAUGGAGACAAAGUGCUGUCUCUGUUAUUGACCUCACAGGAGAUGAUUAA